AAGGGGGUGGGGGGGUGGCGGGGAAGCCGCGUUGUUUGGUGAUAAUCCCCUUCUGUGCCCAGGGUGUGGAGAACAAGGUUAGGGCCCCACAUGGGAAAGGCCAUGGCUCUGAUCCCCACGGGCCUGGGCCUCGGCCUCUCACUUCUAAUCCCCCACCAGACACCCCUAUCCUGUCCCUUCCCCUCCCCAGGGCCUGCUGGGCUGGGUGUCUCUGAGCCCACCUGCCCGCCUGUCUCGGCCCCCAGACUGUCUGAGCCUGUCUGUCCCCCAGCUCCCGGUGGCCUCUGGGUGCCUGCCCUCUAUCUCGGCCUCCCGGCCUCCAGGCCAUCCGUCUAUCUUUGCAGCUCCUUCUCUGUGCCAGGCCUGCUGUCCUGUCUCUGCCUCUGUCCUGUCCUCCGUUGCUUUAUGUCUGAGUCUUCAUCUGUCCCUCAGUCUCCUCUCCUGCCCAGCCCUGCCUGCCUCUGUGUCCUUCUCUAGGUUUCCCCGUCUGCUGGCCAGCCCCUCGCUGCUCCCCAGGGCCCCCUGCCCCUCGACACUGACAGAUAACUCUGGGUGUUAAUCUACGGAUUAGUUCAGGCAAAAUUCUCGAUUUUGUCUGCGUUCUUUCCCCUUUGGGUUAUGUAAACAGUAAUUCUCCCCAGAUGGAACUAUUUUCCUCGCUUCCAUGCAGCCAAGGAGGGGGCCUGGACGGGCUGCGGGUGGAAUGCUCCAGUUCCACAGGACGCCUCCAGGAAGGGUAGAGGAUGCGGCCGAGGUCCCUAGCCCAGCCACCUCUCUUCCCUCCAGGUGCCGAAACUGCUGUGACCAUGCCUGUGACCUUUGCCCUCCUGUUCCUCCUGAGCCAGGCCACUGCAGACCCAUGCUAUGAUCCACAGGGCCGCCCCCGAUUCUGCCUCCCGCCAGUGACACAGCUGGCUGCCACGGCAGCCUCCUGCCCUCAGGCCUGCACCCUGUCCCCAGGGAACCACCUGGACCCCGGGGAAACCUGCAAUAGCAAUGGCAGCCUGACCUUGGCCCUGGGUGGCCCCUUCCUCCUGACAUCUGUCAGCCUGCGCUUCUGCACCUCAGGACCCCCGGCCCUCAUCCUGUCUGCCUCCUGGGCCGCAGGGGGUCCCUGGAGGCUGCUGUGGCAAAGACCUGCCUGGCCUGGAGCCUUGGGAGGCCCUGAAAGGGUGACCUUCCGCUCCACACCAGGCUCUAAGUCCACUGUGGUGGCCAGCCACCUCCACGUGGAGUUCAGGGGCCAGGCCAGGCUUGCGGCGGCUGGGCUGAGAGGCCGCUGCCAGUGCCAUGGCCAUGCCGCCCGCUGUGCUGCCCGUGCCCGGCCCCCUCGCUGCCGCUGCCGCCACCAUACCACUGGCCCGGGGUGCGAGAGCUGCCGCCCAUCCCAUCGAGACAGGCCCUGGCGGCCAGCCACACCCCAGCACCCCCACCCUUGUCUGCCCUGCUCCUGCAACCAGCACGCCCGACGCUGCCGGUUCAACUCUGAGCUGUUCAGGCUGUCAGGUGGCCAGAGUGGGGGUGUCUGUGAGCGGUGCCGCCACCACACAGCUGGGCGGCACUGCCACUACUGCCAGCCAGGGUUCUGGAGGGACCCCAGCCAGCCUAUCUCCAGCCACAAGGCCUGCAGGGCCUGCAAGUGCCACCCUAUUGGGGCAACAGGAGGAACCUGCAACCAGACCAGUGGGCAGUGCACCUGUAAGUUAGGGGUCACAGGCCUGACCUGCAACCGCUGUGGUCCUGGCUACCAGCAGAGCCGUUCCCCCAGGAUGCCCUGCCAGCGAAUCCCAGAGGCAACCACCACCCUGGCUACUACCCUUGGUGCUUACAGCUCUGACCCUCAGUGUCAAAACUACUGCAAUAUGUCGGACACCAGGGUACACAUGAGCCUUCGGAGGUACUGCCAGCAGGACUAUGUUCUCAGCGCGCAGAUACUAGCGUCCGAGGCGGUGGGCCUGGCAUGGCAGCGGCUGGCUGUGCACGUGCUGACCGUCUACAAGCAGCGGGCGCGGCCGGUGCGCCGCGGCGACCAGGACGCCUGGGUGCCCCGCGCCGACCUGGCGUGCGGCUGCCUACGCCUACAGCCAGGCACCGACUACCUGUUGCUGGGCAGCGCGGUGGGCAGCCCUGACCCCGCGCGCCUCAUCCUCGACCGCCACGGCCUCGCGCUGCCUUGGAGGCCGCGCUGGGCCCGGCCCUUGAGGCGGCUGCAGCAGGAGGAGCGGGCCGGAGGCUGCCGCGGCCUGCGGGCACCCACACCCAGCCCCACCCAGGCCAGAGCACUACACGUGGGCUGGGGCCGCCUCGAACGCCAACAAAAUAACUUGGGAGCGACGGGGAGCUGAGCCUUCUACCUCGAUGGUGCACCGUAGAGAGCCAAUCGGACGUCGCAGAGUCCCGACGUCACUGUGCAUGCGCUACGCCGCGCAGGCGUGGGGAACUUUUAGCAAAAUGGCGGCUAGCAAGAUUUCUUGUUCCAGCAGUCCCUCCUUUGGCCUGUGGCUAAUUCCCCGCCAAUGAUCUAUUUUCCCCAAUAAAGUCUCAAAUAUUGGGGAA